CGCACACCCGCCGCCAUGCCCGCCCCGGCCGCCGUCGUCAACCUCUCGCCGGCCGAGCUGUCGUUCCUGCGCGCCGCGCUCAGCCAGGACCCGCCGCUGCGCCUCGAUGUGACAAAGGGCCCGCGCGACUUCCGCGCCAUGCGCGCCGAGUACGACGUCCUGCCCAGCGCCAACGGGAGCGCGCGCAUUGCGCUCGAGGACGGGACUGAGGCGCUUGUUGGCGUUAAGGCGGAGGUCGAGAAGACGCUGCUGCGGCCUGUGCUGGGCGCCGAGGACGCAGAUGUGGGAGAUGUGGAUGUGGACGCGGAUAUGGGUGAAGGCGAUGCAGGGGACGGCGCAGGCAAGGGCCAGAACGGCUGGGUGGAGCUCAGCGUCGAGAUCCCCGGGUUCCGCGACGACGACGCGCUGCCCGUGUUCCUGGCGGCGAUGCUGGGCGAGUCCCUGGUUGCGAGCGGCGCGCUGAAGGACCGCUUGUACAUCAACCGCCGCUUCCACUGGAAACUGUACAUCGACAUCCUCCUCCUCUCGCCCCCGCUCUCGUACCCCCUCGCCCUCCUCUCCAUGACUACCCACCUCGCCCUCCGCACCACGGCGCUCCCCGCGCUCAAAUCCGAACGCGACGAAGACCCGCUGUUCGACGACGACUGGGCCGCCGCGACGCCCCUGUACGCGGCCUCGUCCCCCUCCAAGCCCCCCGUCAUCGUGCUCGCCAUCGCCGUCGGCCCCAACAUCAUCUUCGACCCGUGCAAAGAGGAGCUCGCGGUCGCCGACUGCGUGCUAGCAGUCGCCUGCACCGUCGACGCGCCCGCCAAGUCGCCAUCAUCCAAGGCGAACAAGGACAAGAGCGCCAACGACGCCCACGCCCCCGCCGCCCGCAUCGUGAGCAUCCGCGCCAUCGACCCGCCCAGCCACCUGACGCCCCCGGGCGUCGCGAACAGCAUGAACACAGCGACGGGCGGCGCGGCGCCCACCGACGCCGCGCACGCGCUGACGCAGCGCGAGAUGCUGGCUGCGGGCGGCGUGUGGACGCCGCCGCGGGGCGGGAUGAAGCGCGGGCUGGUGGGCGCGGUGAGCCGGAUGGUAGUGGAGCGGGGGGGAGUCGCGGAGGAGGUUAUUGGCGCGCUGGCGGGGAUUGAGGUUGGUUGAAAGGGAUGUGGUAGGGAAGGAAGGCAAUGCUGAAUGUUCUCGAACGAUGGGGCGCUGCGACGCGCCGCGGGUUUGCAGGGGAGGGAUGAGAAGAGUGCGUCUGGCGGAGUGG